AUGGCUUUCCUGUUCCAGCAUCCUCCAGUAUUAAUGAAUGGUCCAGAGCCUGCAACUUCCCAAAAGUCCUGCCUGGAAUAUUUGGUUCUGAUGUCUUUGCAGAUUUUCCUCAUUUGUGAAGUUCUGUAUUUACUGAAGGAAACCAGCAUCCGUGAUGAAUUUCUCAUUUGGGUGCAUUCCCUGAGCACAGAAAUAAUGUUGAUUACAAACAGUGUGACAGAAUUCAUUUUACUGGGGCUGACAGAUGAUCCAGUAGAGCAGAAAAUCAUUUUUGAAGUCUUCAUAAUUCUCUACGUUGCAACUAUGUUACUCAUUAUAGUAACCAUCAAAACCAGUCAGACUCUUGAAUCUCAUAUGUACUUCUUUCUGAGCUAUUUGUCCUUCUCUGAUGCCUGUUCUUCCACUACCACGACCCCAAAAUUGCUCGUCCUCACCCUCUCUGAGAAGAAGACCAUCUACUUCAAUGACUGUAUAACUCAGAUCCUUGCCCUCCAUUUCUUCAGCUGCUUGGAAACACUGAUCCUCAUUAUGAUGUCGCACGAUUGCUAUGUGGCCAUCUGCAAACCCCUGCAUUACACAGCCAUCAUGGACAGGCGUUGGAGCUUCUGUACCUUGAGUUUUGUAAUGCACAUGGCUUCCUACACGGUUAUCUUAUACUCACUGAGGUCUAAGUGGGCUGAUGGGAGAUGCAAAUCCCUGUCCACCUGCAGCUCCCACAUUCUUGUGGUCACCAUAUUUUAUAGCCCCUGCAAUUUCAUAUUGACCCGGCCUCAGAUCACCUUUUCUGUGGAUAAAUCAGUGUCAGUAUUCUGCAUAACUGUUACUCCCUUGUUAAACCCUUUGAUCUACACUCUGAGGAACACAGAAAUGAAGAAUGCUCUGAGAAAGGAAUCCCAGGUGUUGAGAAGGAGAAAUUUCCUGUCUAAGUCCUUUGGAAACUUACAAGGAGACCUCUGUGAUCCCAAGUUUUUGAUGAAUGGCUAUUAA